CCGACUACGAUGGUCAUGAAGGAAAACUGCAUGGAUAAAUUCAACCGUGCGCCAUGAACGUAAUCACUACCGCCUCUUACGACACGUCAUGCUGAUGUUUGCAAUAUCUGAUUGUGGACGAAUUCGUAAAGUCCCGAUUAGUUCGAAUCAAAGAGACACGCGUCAUGCUGAAGGUGCGAACUGUCGUGGCGUUUUACUUAAUACUUUACAGAAGAAAACUAUCGAAAAAACAAGCAACAUCGCACAAAAGGCAGCGCAGGAAGCGAAGGCUGCAUCCGAGGCACAAAAUAUUGCUGGUCAGCAAGCAGCGCGUCAAGUGAAGGCUCAACUGGCGGAGAAGGCGAUUCAAGCUGCAAAAGCCGCGGAGGCAGCCUUAUCGGGUAAGGAAGCGAUUGUCGAGCAACUGCGAGAGGAAGUAAAGGAGGCAAACUCGGUGGUUCAAGAAGAAACAUCUUCCUUGCAACAGGCACAGAUCAACGUCAAAGCCGCUGUCCAAGCGGCGCGACAGUCACAAGAUCAGCUGAAGACGUUGGCAAAUGCAGUACGUACAGCCAAAUCGAAUGCGGUGAACGCACAGGCAGCUGCUAGCGGGGCGCAGAGAUCGCUGCGAGAAAAAGAAGAAUUGCUGGAAGCAGCCAAGAUGCGAGUGGACGAAUUAUCGAAUCAAUUGCAAAGUGCCCGGCAGGAUCUCGCAAACACGAAUCGUGAAGCAGCCAAAGCCAGCGCUGCUGCGCACGAGGCGAAGGCAAAUGCCGCUAGAAAUAAAAGAAGAUUAGCGCAUCUCAGAAAAAUGCGUGCGACACGUCCAAAUGUAGCGCGAGCUUCUUUUUGAGGCACGUGCACCACAUCUCGCACAUCGAGAUCUGUUAAAUUAUCAUUUGCUGGCGACAUUGAAGGAAAAGUUAGAUUUAUUCUUUUUACUUGAAUUUCUUGCACAGUUCAUCUUUCUUCUUUUUCUCUUCAA